AUGCGCGCGAUGGAAACGUCCACGUCCGUCGCCCGCGCGCGCGUCGCCGUUGCGAGCGAGACGCGGGCGAGGCGGGGGAAAACGAUCGAUUCGCGCGCGCGGUCGACGCGCGCGCGCGCGGGCUCGGACGACGCGUCGACGAUGCGAGAGAUGCGCGCGGCGUACGAGCGGACGCGGGCGAACCCCGGGGCGGAUGCCGUGAUCGAGGCCGUGCGCGAGCUCGCCGAACAGGAGUUCGGCCUGAGCGGGGUGGCGUUCAACGAGGUCAUGGGAAAGAUUGACGAGUGCUUCGACUUCGUCCCCACGGCGUACGCGAGCGGGGUGGGGACGUCGAGGGAGACGAGAAACGCGGCGGGAACGAAUAACGGAUCGUGUAAGACGUUUUAUUUCGCGAAAAUGUGUGGAUUGAGCGAAAAGGCGGCGGUGCGGUUGUUCUGCGAACAUUACGAAGACGUCGCGAACGCGCCGGACGGGGACUCGCACGCGAACAUCCGGGCGUUCAUGGAGAACGGAUACGCGGGAUUGACGUUCGAGGGCGAGGCUUUGGUGGCCAAGGGAUCGGGUUCGAACGAUAUCUGA